AUGAACCGAUCAUGGAAGCCGACCGUGCUGAGAUCACACGGGUUGCCACGCGACAAAAGUCAUGAUCCCGCUCUGGAUCCUUCCGACUCCGCCUUCGACAUAUACAAAUGGGCCAAGAUGGUCCUGCGGGAAGCAGAGGGCGCGAACAUCAAGCUACGUCGUGCUUCAAUCACAUUCAAGAACCUGAACGUAUCAGGCUCUGGGAUCGCCAUGAAUCUCCAGCCGACGGUAGCAUCAUACCUUCUCGCUCCUUUGCGCAUAGCCGAGUGGAUCCGCUUUGCGAAGAAGCCGCAGAGAAAGAUUCUCACUGGCUUUGACGGCGUUGUGAAGCCUGGAGAGAUGCUGCUGGUCUUGGGACGGCCCGGAAGCGGAUGCUCGACGCUCUUGAAGACUUUAGCCGGAGAACUCCAUGGCUUGAAAGUAAAGGAUGACUCGAUCAUACACUACAGUGGAAUACCUCAGCAGCAGAUGAUCAAACAUUUCAAGGGCGAAAUCGUCUACAAUGCCGAAGUCGAUAUACAUUUCCCCCAUUUGACGGUCAGACAGACUCUCGAAUUUGCUGCUGCCAUGCGUACUCCACGAAAUCGAAUCUUGGGUGAUUCUCGGAACGAAAACGUCAAGAGAAUGACCGCCGUAGCAAUGGCCGUUUGCGGGUUGACCCACGUUCAAAACACGAAAGUGGGAAAUGCCUAUGUACGAGGUGCAUCUGGAGGAGAGAGGAAGCGAGUGAGCAUUGCGGAGAUGCUUCUCUCAUUCUCACCUAUAGGUUGUUGGGACAACAGUACGCGCGGUCUGGAUGCCUCCUCUGCUAUCACGUUCGUCCGUACACUCAGAUUGAGUGCCGAUUUGAGCGGCUCUGUCCACGUAGUCGCCGCCUAUCAGGCUUCCCAGGCGAUGUACGACGCCUUCGACAAGGUCGUGGUUCUGUAUGAGGGUAGAGAGAUCUACUUUGGUCCAACCAAUCUUGCCAAGGAUUACUUUACAGAGAUGGGAUGGCUCUGCCCAGCUCGCCAACCAACCCCUGACUUUCUGACCUCAAUCACAAAUGUGGACGAAAGGAGAACGCGACCAGGAUACGAAGAGAAAGUCCCCCGAACUGCUGUCGAAUUUGAACAAUACUGGCGAAAAUCAGGACUUUGCAAGUCCCUCCAACAAGAAAUCAGGACUCAUGAAGAAGAAGGUUAUGGCUCCGCCGCAGCCGAUGAAUUCAAGGCCGCGCGCCGCGCGGUCCAAGCGCACCAUGUUCCUCCGAGCUCUCCCUACACUGUUUCAACGCCGAUGCAAGUUCAGAUUUGUACCAAGCGAGGCUUUCAGCGUCUAUGGAAUGAAAGAGUGAUCCGACUCACGUUAAUUAUCGGACAAGGAAGCAUGUCCCUCAUUAUCGGCUCCAUUUUCUACGGAACGAUCAACGAUACCAACAGUUUCUUCGCAAAAGGCUCUACCAUUUUCUUUGCUGUGUUAUUGAAUGCUCUUAUUGCGGUCACGGAAAUCAAUCGUUUGUAUGAUCAAAGACCUAUCGUGGAGAAGCAAGUCUCUUACGCUUUCUACCACCCGUUCACAGAGGCAUUGGCAACUGUGAUAGCGGAUCUACCAGUCCAGCUGCUCACCGCAGUGAUCUUCAACGUUGUCCUCUAUUUCCUGUCAGGUCUGAGGAGGGAAGCGGCACAGUUUUUCAUCUUCUUCCUUUUUGCCUUUGUGACAAGGCUGGCAAUGACCGGACUGUUCAGAACGAUCGGCGCAGCGACCAAAACAAUUACAGAAGCACUGGCGAUCGCAGCCGUGUUCGUCCUCGCAAUAGUAAUCUACACAGGGUUCACAAUACCUCGACCGGAUAUGCAUCCUUGGUUCAAGUGGCUUUCAUGGUGCAAUCCGGUUGCAUAUUCAUUUGAAGCACUUCUCGUCAAUGAGUUCCAUGGAAGACAGUUUCCGUGUGGCAACUUUGUUCCUGCGUAUCCGAACCUAGUCGGGAAUACGUUCAUUUGUUCCGUUCCCGGUGCGGUUGUUGGCCAAUCCACUGUAUCCGGUGACACAUAUCUCGAACAAUCCUACGGAUACAGUUACAGCCACAUCUGGCGGAAUCUUGGUAUAUUGAUUGCUUUCUUGGCUUUCUUCAUGACAACUUACCUCGGAAUAACCGAAAUCAACUCAAAACCAGAAGGCAAGGGAGAGGUCUUGCUUUUCCGUCGCGGACAUGUACCACGCUACAUCGAGGAGGGUUUGAGACAUGAGAACCAAGAGGAUCCUGAUGCUCCGCUCGCAAUGACCGGGAGAAAUAACACCCAAGAUGAAGAGAUCCGGGCCAUUCCGCCGCAAAAAGCCAUCUUUACCUGGCACAAUGUCAACUACGAUAUUCCGGUCAAGGAAGGGACACGCAGGUUGCUCGACCAAGUAUCAGGAUGGGUCAAGCCCGGAACGUUAACAGCCCUAAUGGGUGUAUCAGGUGCUGGGAAGACAACACUGCUGGAUGUUUUAGCCCAGCGCACCUCGAUCGGGGUUGUGACUGGUGACAUGUUGGUGGACGGAAAGCCGUUGGAUCCCAGUUUCCAACGAAAAACAGGGUAUGUUCAGCAGCAGGAUCUCCACCUCGAGACCUCAACUGUUCGCGAAGCAUUGCGCUUCAGCGCCGUGGUCCGUCAACCAAAAUCUGUCUCUAAGAAAGAGAAAUACGAGUACGUGGAGGAAGUGAUCAAGAUGAUCAACGCGGAAGACUUCGCCGAGGCCGUAGUUGGUGUACCAGGAGAAGGACUCAAUGUUGAGCAACGGAAACUCCUUACGAUAGGAGUCGAGCUCGCUGCAAAGCCUGCCCUCCUGUUUUUCCUCGAUGAACCAACCAGUGGGCUAGAUUCACAAAGUUCCUGGUCUAUCCUCAGGUUCCUCCGAAAGCUUGCCGACCAUGGCCAAGCUGUGCUCUCGACCAUUCAUCAACCAAGUGCGCUACUGUUUCAGGAGUUUGAUCGCCUACUUUUCCUCACCACUGGAGGUCGGACUGUCUAUUUCGGCGACAUCGGCUCCAACUCGCAGACUCUCACCAGCUAUUUCGAGAGACAGGGAGCCAGGCCCUGCACUGAUUCGGAAAAUGUGGCAGAGUACAUGCUGGAAGUUGUCAACCCUGAAGCAAGUGCUCAAGCCAAUCAUGAUUGGGUCGAGAUCUGGAGAACAAGCGAGGAGAACAAGCUGAUGCUGGCAGAGUUGGACCAAAUCAACCUGGAAAGAAGCAGAAUUCCCGUGGAGGACAACAGCGUCACGAACCUUAGCCAGUUCGCCGUUCCGAUUUACACGCAGACCUAUCAUACGACGAUCCGCGCCUUUCAGCAGUAUUGGAGAACUCCCGGAUAUGUCCUUCACAAGUUUGGCCUUGGUGUUGCUUCAGCUCUAUUUAUUGGCUUCUCAUUUUGGCAGUCCAACAGCUCUCAACAAGGGCUGCAGAAUGUCCUACUCAGCGUCUUCAUGCUCACAUCGAUAUUCACGGCUUUGAUCCAGCAGAUCAUCCCCAGAUUCGUCAUCCAACGAUCACUUUACGAAGUCCGCGAACGCCCGUCAAAGGCUUAUUCGUUUGUGGCGUUCCUCCUCGCCAACAUUCUCGUGGAGAUCCCCUACCAAAUCCUGCUCGGCAUCAUGGCAUAUGCUUCCUAUUACUACUCAGUCUUUGGCAUACAAUCUUCCGAAAGACAAGGUCUUGUCUUAUUAUUCUGCGUACAAUUUUUCGUCUAUGCAAGCACAUUCUCCCAAAUGGUGAUUGCAGCUCUGCCUGACGCGGAGACGGCUGGCAUUAUUGCAACGCUCAUGUUCGCCAUGUGUGUUAUAUUCAACGGCGUGCUUCAACCACCGGACGCACUUCCGGGGUUCUGGCACUUUAUGUACCGCGUGAGUCCCUUCACCUACAUUAUCGACGGCAUCGUGGCGACAGCACUACACAGUCGCAAGGUCGUGUGCGCGGAGAACGAGUUGAGCGUCUUCUCCCCGCCGCCAAACAUGACUUGCGGCCAAUACCUCGCCCCUUACCUCCAAGUGGCGCCCGGGACGUUGUACAACCCGGCAGCCACGAGGAACUGUGAAUACUGCGCCCUGUCUCUAGCGGACCAGUAUUUGGAGCCUCGUGGCAUCGCGUGGGGCCAACGCUGGCGCAACUUUGGCCUCGUCUGGGCGUAUGUGGUGUUCGAUCUCGUCAUGAUCCCCCUGCUCUACUACAACUUCCGGAUGAAGAAGUGGCGCGGCAAGGUUGGAGCGAGUAAAAAACGGAGGGGCUUGAAUACGACUUACUCUUGGAUCCGUACGAUUGGAAGGCUUUGUCGAAGGCUCCUUACCGGGCGUCGGGAGAAGCUGCCCUUGGAAAAGCGCGCUGAGAAUCCCCGCGUGUACUAA